AUGCGGUACGCGGUAGAAUCAUACAGAUUGAGUUGCACUCAUUUGAGUUCAGAGGAUCUGCGUUUUCUGCGGGAUAGUUUUAUCCGACUCGACACAGAUGGGGAUGGACUCGUAGGGUUACAAGAUCUCCACUCAAUAUUCGGUGAAGAAAUACUGGGAAUGUGUGUAGAGAGUGAUAUGACAUUUGAUUUGGAAUCGUAUCUUCAGCACUUUUCAAAGUACAUUGAUGCAGUGAAGCGGCUGGUGACUCCGGUACGUAUCGAGUUGUCAGAUGAUGAAAUACUGCUGCUUGAGUCAUCAUUUGAAAACAUAGAUUUAAAUAAUGAUGGUUUCAUUGAUGAAGAGGAACUCUGCAAUGCACUUAUGGAAUGCCUGGGUGAUUGCGGUGAUGGUACUUCCACUUUGUGGCUUACGGGAGUUAUUAUGUCACAGGCUGACCGUGAUGCCGAUGGAAGAAUUUCUUUUUCAGAGUUCAUCCUCGCACUACAAGAGGACAAUGGCGUAUUUCCGCAGCAACUCAUUACUCUUCCAUUGAGUUACCGUGAGACGCGAAGUCAACUGAAGGUUUCCAAAAAUGGUAGUAGUAAUGCUGCGAUGAUACCGUUCCACCAAUGCUUCUCGCCAUAUGAAGUGUUUCUGAUGCUGUGUGCUAUAGAUGUAAUGGCAAGCGAAAACCCAAUAGUGAGUGUCAGACAAUUUUCUGCUCUUCUUUUAGAGGAGUUUCAAAGAUCAUGUGAUCUUCUUCAUUAUACACUGAAAGAGUUGGUGUUACAUCUCUCUCGAAGGUCACUUCUAUUGGCUCCAUACAUUUUCUCUAUAGGCAGUAUAGAUUGCAAAAGGUUUUCUGAGAUAGUUGUGGCGGAUCCCAACAAGAUGCUGUUAACUGUGCCCUCUAUUCUUUGCCGUUUGGAAUCUUCAAUGCGUUCUCUAACAAAUUUUCCAUAUGAUGUUGGUCAACGUCUUAUUUUACUUCUUUUAGAACUUAACCCGGAAUGCGUUGAAGUAUGGCAACUUGAAGAACUACCUCAACGAUUAAAAAAUGUUUUUCCUGAAUUAAAUGAAACAGAAUUGUGGACCAUAAUUAGGAGUUGUACUACAGCUGCAGAAGUAGCAUAUAAUCAGGGCUUUUCUUUGCAACGGUUAGUACGCCGACUCACUAUUCGGUACUCUAUAUUGCCACGUGAUUACACAGGGAAGACUUGGCGACGUUUGGGUCCAUUAGAGCGAAGCCAAAUACGCUCCAAUCUGCUUCAUACAGACAUAGAGAGUUGGUAUAGCAUGACCUCUGAAGAAGUCCGUGAGUUAAUAAUGAGAGAUUUACUCAAAUCAGAUGUCUUUUGGGACCAGGAACAUGUGGCUUUGCUUGUGGCAUCCUGCGUAGAAUCAAUGGUGUUUUCGCAGAAGUUAUCUCCCAAUGAGUUGCGUGUAAUAAUGGCGCAGGAGAUGUGGCCACCCUCGGGUAACAUGAUGGAUGAACCCUCUAGAAUGAAAAUUGCAACUAAAAUGACAGAGUUAAACCUAGGAUGUGAGGGAUUGCAUGUAGUCCGAAAUACCAUCUGCCAACUAGAUACCUUUGGCACCGGUAUAAUUGAUGAAGAAUUAUUAUUACCAACUCUUUACAAUGUUAUAAAAGAAUUAAAAUCUCAAUGGGAAAAUGUACAGAUCGAUAGAGCAGUCUGUGACGCUGUCUUGGCUUGUGAGGCCAUGGAGGAUGGUCAGUCUGUGAAUUGCAGUGAACUCUUAAAAUAUUUGUUACCGAAUUAA